CUGCAGGGAGCGGCGCGGGGCCGGGGAGGCUGCAGCGGCCGCCGGAAGCGAGCGGGACUGAGCGGCCAAGAAUGGGGCCCGGGCCCGGGCUGGGGCUGCGGCUCCUGCUGCUGCUGCUGGUGCCCGCGGGGCUGGGGGCUGCCGCGCGCUCCGCCGUGCCCCGGACAGCGAGACCCUUCCCGGAGAUCCAGCAGAUGGUUCAUCGCUUCUCCCAGGAGGCCAUUUCCAACUACAGCAUCUUCCUGGUGGCCCCGCAGACCAGGACUCUGUAUGUGGGAGCCAAGAACGCCAUCUUCGCCCUGCCUUUGGAGUCAGUCAACCAGCCUGCCAAAAUGAUCUCCUGGGAAGUGCCUAAGAAUCAUCGAGAUUCCUGCACAAGGAAGGGGAAAAAAGAGGCAGGUACCGGGGCAGAGUGUCACAAUUACAUCCGCAUUCUGGAGUUUGCUGAUGAGAGCCACCUCUUCACCUGCGGGACCUUUGCUUUUGAUCCACAGUGCGGCUUCAUUAAAGUGGCCAAUUUCAGCAGCGUGGAGCGGCAGGAAAGUGGCCGGGGAAAAUGCCCCUUUGAGCCUACACAACAGUCAGCAGCCGUAAUGGUCGAUGGUGUCCUGUAUGCUGCCACUGUCAGCAACUUCCUGGGGACACAGCCCAUCAUAUCCAGAGCAACAGGAAACCUUGAGGAGCGCAUCCGGACAGAGAUCUCAGUGACCUGGCUGAACGACCCAGUCUUUGUGGGCUCCACUUUCCUGAGAGGGGGCGAGAGUGGAGAGGACGACAAAAUCUAUUUCUUCUUCACGGAGACAGCUAGAGAGUAUGACUUCUAUGAACAAGUGAAGGUCCCACGCGUGGCCAGAGUCUGCAAGGGGGACUUGGGAGGCCUGAAGACCCUGCAGAAGCGGUGGACAACUUUCCUAAAGACCCAGCUGGUUUGCUUGGAUCCAGAGAGUGGAAUCAACUUCAAUCUACUGAAGGAUGUAUUUACCUUGCACUCUGUAAACGGGACUUCGGCAGUGUUCUAUGGUAUCUUCUCAGCCCAGAGGGAUGGCGGCCAGGUCUCAGCUGUCUGUGCCUACAGCAUUCGGGACAUCCAGAAAGCCAUGAACGGCCGUUUCAAGGAAUUUAAACAUGACUGUGACAAGUGGACAAGUGUCAUGGGUGGGGAUGUCCCUGAGCCACGGCCAGGCGCAUGCAUUACCAAGAGCAUGAAGCUGGCUGGCUUUGGCUCCUCGCUGGCGCUGCCUGACCGUGUUCUGACAUUUGUCCGAGAUCAUCCUCUCAUGGACCAGGUUGUUCACCCACUGGAAAUGGGGCCCGUGUUGGUCAAGCUGGACACACAGUACCUCAGAAUUGCAGUACAUCGUGUCAGAAGCGUCUCUGGGCAGGAAUAUGAUAUGCUGUACCUGGGGACCGAGGAUGGACAUUUGCACAAAGCAGUGAAGAUUGCCCAAAAAGCUGUCAUCAUUGAGGAUCUGACACUGUUCCCAGAGCCCCAGCCAAUUCAGAACCUGCAGCUCUAUGAGAGUUGGUUGUAUGUAGGGUCCUCUACUGAAGUGACUCAGGUCAACACAACAGACUGUGAGAGAUACAAGAGCUGCAUCGAGUGUGUCCUGGGCAGAGACCCCUCCUGUGCCUGGAGCAGAGAGCUGGGUGCUUGUAUACAUCACCAGGGACAAAGCGGGUUACUCCAGGACCUCAUGUCUCUAAGCAUCUUAACACUGUGUCCACAGGGAACAGAAGAUGUGCCUGUUACAGUCGAGAUGCCAGUGUCCCUGGCUGCCCGGGUUGUGCUCCCCUGUACUCCACCAUCAGCCUGGGCAACCUGCAUGUGGCAGAAACCUUCCCAGGAUGCCACUGUGUAUUCCUUGCGCAGCGAUGGGCUGGAGUUCACAGUGACAGAGGAGACCCUUGGUGAUUACACCUGCGAGUGCAUGGAAGGUGGAGCAGGGGGUGUGAUCACCUCCUACAGCCUGGUGAGGGGCAGCAGCUCUGCUAACGCCUGGAAGACAACUGAGCGGAACUACAGUGUCCUGGUGGGAAUCCUCUCAUUUUUCCUUGGCUUUGCUGCAGGCUCUGGCUGCUUCUUCAUCUACGAGAGGAAGCGACGGGAGCGACUCCAGAGGGAGCUGCUCAGCCGUGAGAGAAAUGGACUGGAUUUGAUGCAGUCGAAUACGACUAGCUGCAGCCAUGAGCCACACACACCCAGCUCCCCAGAAGAUGAGCGCCACCCGCUCGCUACAGCUAAGAAGAAUGGCAGCCUCAACGGCUUCCCCCACCUCUACAUCAGUGAGCUGGACAAAGACCAAGCCCGGAUCUACCUGACGGGGGUUCCACUGGCCAAGUGCGAUGAAACCUCCAUUUAGUAGCCCCCGAAGGGAGCACAUCCAUCACCAAUACCCAUGCCGAUGCCUGCCUCUAGUGGGGCACAGCCAUCACUGACAGCCCUGGCCAUAUCUGCCCCCUAGGGGGAGGAAGGGGACAGCCAUCAUUGACAUGCCUGGCAGUGGCUUCCCCAAGAGCGGAAGAGGGGCACAGACACUUCAUGUCAUUGCCAGAGUUCCCAUUCUCAGAAUCCAUCUGACUGAUGCGGCCAUCUAGACCUGGAGUUGGUGUGAUGCUCCAUUGUGGUCAGUGAGCAGAGCUGGUGUAUCUGAGAGUGAGACUCACCCAGAUUUAUUUCUGCUAAAACCUUCAUGCAGCCUCCUGGCUCUGGCCAAAGAAUUCCAUGCUGAAUGGCUUUGAGUCCUUGUGCCCCAGGUCCCCCAACCUCUGUGAAGCUGCUUGGAACAGGCCAUUGUAGUCUGUGUUACUAGCCUGGUGGUGUUACUUGGCAAACAUGCACCAGGGCCGGGUCCCUAGGCUCUGCAUCCUGUAGAUAUUCCCUGGAAGUGGUGAUUGUAUUGGCUAAAAUUAGCCUUGAUUGUGACUGUAACCCGAGCUACCUGGAACAAUUUUCCCCUCAUCCCUGCCACCUGCUCAGCUGUGGGGGUGGUGGUAGAGACCCGCUACUGGCUUCUUCAAGAGCAGGAAGCAUGCACAGCCAGCACUUACCGAAGCCUUCUGUGUUUAUGUGGAGUCUUCUCUGCCUUCAGAGUCUGGUACACGAGACAGUAAAUGCCCCUGGAGACCUCUUGGCCAGUGUUGACAAGUGACUGCCUUGGUGGUGCUUUCUGUUAACCAGCACCAUCUUCAUGAAUGUGGUGUGACUCAGACCAGGUGCAGAGUCUCCUUGUGAUCAUGUGGCCCUCUGAGAACAGGAGUUGUCCUCCAGGUGCAGAAGUCUGUAGGACUCUUCACAAAGAAUGGUGGCUGACUCUAUAAUGCCAAAUUCUGCAGCUGCCCUGACUGCACAUGCCUUCAGUCCGCAGCCAUGUGGAUCCUUGUGUGUCUGGGCUGGAGAAGGCCCAGCACAGUUUUGCCAAGUGUGUUAUGGUAGAUGUGAAUGAUCAAAGCCAAUGACAUAGUGGUACUGUGGAAUAUCGUAGCUAUACAUGUUGAGACAGGAGAGACUAAGACAUUGCAGAGCGUAAGUUGAAACCUUCUCCCAGAGCUGCUUUUCCUCCAAGCAGUGAGGUCAGGUGGAGUUGCUUGUUGCUGAGGUAUUCAUGCUGUAAAGCACUGAACCCGAGGGCAUCUCCCUCUGUUAGAAAUGUCACAGCCACUUUGGACUUUGUCUCUAGCAAAAGUGUGACACACACCCAUAUCACUGCCAUGAGCCUCUCCUUGCAGCUGACUAGCUGCACAUAUUGGACUGGGGACACGUCUCCCACUCCUGUGCGUGUCCACUUGCAGCUUUUCCCACUCCGAUCUCCCUUACCAGGUUCAAUGAGACCCUCCCAACCUUCCAUUGUUCUCUGGCUUCCCCAAUAGGCCCACUGGCCAUGUCUGGCUUCCUCGCAGGCUGGUUCAGCAUCUCCAGCCACUGGAGCUUUCCCAGCUUGUCUUGCAAUCUCAGUGAGAAUUCCUUUCUUAGCUUCCCAUGGGCCCCUGCUGUGGCUGGGAGGUGGAUUGGGGUGGGGGUGGGACUGAAUGUGAAAUUAAUGUCA